AUGCCACUAUCAGAGGUGGACUUGGAUCGCGCGAAGGCAGUGUAUAACGCUAACGUGUGGGGCUUACUUCGGCUAGUUCGGGCAUACAGUGAUCUACUCGUUGCGGCCAAGGGGAGGAUGGUUAAUAUGAGUAGUGUGGGGGCGGUGGUUGAUACGCCUUGGAUUGAGAUCUAUUCCUCCUCCAAAGCCGCAGUCACCCAGUUCUCCAAGACUCUCCGUCUCGAAUGUCUCGCCCCUGGGAUCGUCUUGCUGCCGACCUUCUGGUAUGCAGCUAUUCGACAACCAAUUUCGGAUUGGGCGACUGGAUGGGCUGGCCCCCAAGGCGGUUCGGCGGAUGAGUUCGCUAACUUGAUUGCCGGCGAUGUUCUGGGAAGCAGUAGUGCUAAUGGGGGGUUGGUGUGGAAAGGUCCGAAUAGUGCCGCUGUUAAGUUUAUGGCGAGGUGGUGUCCGGGGCGGUUGUUGGAUCGCUUGAUGAGUAAUGGGCAGGGGUUGGAUGAGUUGGUGAAGACCACAAACAAGAACUGA